GGACGUGGGAUGACCAUGAACGAGCUCCGAUCAAAUGGCAUCUGGAUAUUGGGAUGCAGUCACACAGUGUCUUCUUACAUUUAUAAGUGUGUGAAAUGCAGGAAGUUCAGAAGAAAUGCUGAAGUACAAAGAAUGGCAGAUUUACCGCGUGAAAGAGUGGAAGCAUCGCCUCCCUUUACCUAUUGUGGAAUGGACUGCUUUGGCCCAUUUUACGUUAAGGAGGGAAGAAAGGAGCUUAAACGCUACGGUCUGCUAUUCACAUGCCUGUGCUCGCGUGCUGUGCAUAUAGAGCUACUUGAUGACAUGACGUCUGACUCUUUUAUUAAUGCUCUUCGAACAUUGAUUGCCAUACGUGGAAAUGUUCGGCAGCUUCGGUCAGAUCAGGGAACCAACUUUGUUGGAGCAAGACGAGAGUUCUUGGAAUCUGUAAAGAAAAUGGACCAAGAAAGCCUAAAACAACUAGGUUGUGAAUUUAUCAUGAACCCAGCAUCUGCUAGCCAUAUGGGUGGAGCCUGGGAAAGGCAGAUCAGGACAGUAAGAAGUGUGUUGACAUCCAUUUUGGAUCAUUCAUCCAAAAGGCUUGACAUUUCAUCUUUACGUACAUACCUUUAUGAAGUUAUGGCGAUCAUAAAUAGUAGGCCCUUAACAACUCACCUGCUAAGUGAUCCUACUUCUCCACAACCUCUUACGCCGAAUCACAUUCUGACCAUGAAGUCUUCAGUGAUUUUACCACCACCUGGUGAGUUUGUGAAAGAAGAUCUUUAUCUUCGUAAAAGAUGGCGCAAGGUACAGUACUUGGCCAAUGAAUUUUGGACCAGAUGGAAAAGGGAAUACCUGCUGAAUCUUCAGCAAAGAAACAAAUGGCACAAGACACAGAGAAAUGCCAAGAUCGAUGAUAUUGUGAUUCUGAUGGACAAUAGUCUACCCAGAAAUGAGUGGAAACUGGCCAAGGUCACUAAAGUGUACCCUAGUGAAGAUGGAGUCAUUAGGAAACUCGAAUUGUUGAUGAGUGAUGCAACACUUGAUGACCAAGGAAAAAGAGUUAACAAGCCAGUAUGUCUUGAGAGACCCAUCCACAAAACAGUUACUCUUGUCGAAGCCGAGUAGCUCAGAACACGUGACUUUCUAUAACUCAUGUUGGACCACAAGCAUUUUUCUUUUGUAUUCAGGUUUAGUAGGAAAUCACCUGUGAUUUGGUGGGAGUGUGGCUGCCAUCGGUGGCAGUUAUACAGUUUGGUUUAAUUUUAUGAUUUAAGUUGAUGUAAAUAUUUUGUUUAUAAGUUGUGAAAAGGUUACCAGAGCGGAACCAAUGUUAAUUUGUUGUUUCAUUUAGGUACAUAUUUUUAGUUACACACCACACACUGCAGAGGGCAGCAUGUUUUUCUUCUUUUCUUUGUUGGAGAGAUUUGGUGAGGCACCGAGGCUCGUGUUGCAAGAAGCUACACGAAGUUUACUAACCCUUUCAGGUUGAAGCGGCCAAUGAGUUCUCACGGCGAAGUUAUUAAAUGCCAGUAACAACCCAAGAACGCCUUGUGUCCGUUUUCUGCCUGGAGGGAGUUAUAUAAAA